CUUUACGUGGAGUAAAGAGAAAAAAGGGCGAGCGUAAAGGAUCAGAAACAAGCAGGACACGCGAGAGCGCAAAGACGAGGGAGGAAGGGGAGGGAGGGAGCCACUCGAGACAGCAAGCGAAACCACGAUGGCAGUAUCCACGGCGCCUCCACUCCCGAUCGUGUCCGAGCAGCGCACACCUCAACCCGGGUCGACCGCGGCACGGAGCCCGCAGGCGCGCGGCGGCACGCAGCCGAGUCCGGACGAAUGAGCGGCGGGCAAACAUGAGGGUCAUCUUGGUCCAAAACGCCGGUUUCGUCGCAGCUUUCUCGCCUCGUCGAUGUGAGUCAGUGAUGUUGGCAGCGUUCGGGAGCGCAAGAUGAUGCGAGCGAGCCCCAAAUGACACACGGACAGACCUUACGAGUCGAUUGAGGAGUAGCCCAUGUGAUAAUUUAUGAGUAGAGGCACAUUAUAUACUAUAUACCAUCUUUAAGUCGAACGAGCUUCUGGAUUAAUAUUAUAAUACGUUAUUAUUACGCAAAUAAUAUCCUUUUUUUCAUUGAAAUAAACAUUUUUUGUAGACUUUUGUGUGCUAAGUAGAUGAUUAAAUAGCGUCGUUAACAUGACAGAGUAAACGCUCUGUUGGAUCUUUUUUUAUUUUUAUUUUUUUUUAAAGACAAUCUGGAAACGUUUGCUUCCACGUGGACGAAUAUGACAAGUAGCUUGCGUGUUAUUCCUUGUAAUUUAUUUAUUUAUUAAUAUUAUUAGGCCUAUAAGUAUUACUGUAUAUUAUUAUUAUUUUUGUUUAGUGCAAGAUAGCCGGUGAUAGAAUAACGCGCGAUCCGAUUAGUGAGAUGGAAACCGCGUGCUUGGUGCCGCGCCGGGGGGCGAGCCGCUCCGAGCCCCCCGGCGGAGGCCAGAGCUGCGGGGGCGAGUCCCGUCCUCCGCCGCCGCACGCCGCGCGCUCGCCCGAGGAAUCCCCGACCGGCGACGGCCGGAGGAACCCCGGCGUGAAGAAGCACCACCACAAGCACAACCUCAAGCACCGCUACGAGUUGCUGGAGACGCUGGGGAGAGGCACGUACGGCAAAGUGAAGAAGGCCAUUGAACGCCACUCCGGCAGAGAGGUCGCGAUCAAGUCUAUCCGGAAGGAGAAGAUCAAGGACGAGCAGGACAUGGUUCACAUUCGCCGCGAGAUCGAGAUCAUGUCGUCCCUCCGCCACCCGCACAUCAUCUCAAUAUACGAAGUGUUUGAGAACAAAGACAAGAUCGUGAUCGUCAUGGAGUACGCCAGCAAGGGCGAGCUGUACGACUACAUCAGCGAACGGCGGCGCCUGAGCGAGCGGGAGACGCGACGCUUCUUCCGGCAGAUCGUCUCCGCUGUGCACCAUUGCCAUAAGAAUGGAGUGGUGCACAGGGAUCUCAAACUGGAAAACGUGCUACUGGAUGAAAACUGUAAUAUUAAGAUUGCUGACUUCGGCCUGUCCAACCUCUACCACAAAGACAAGCUGCUGCAAACUUUCUGCGGCAGCCCGCUCUACGCUUCGCCAGAAAUCGUCAACGGGAGGCCGUACCGCGGGCCGGAGGUGGACAGCUGGGCACUGGGGGUGCUGUUGUACACGCUGGUGUACGGAACAAUGCCAUUUGACGGAGGCGACCACAAGAACCUCAUUCGCCAAAUUAGCAACGGUGAAUACAAAGAGCCCACGCAAUCCUCAGAUGCGCGGGGUUUGAUCCGCUGGAUGCUAAUGGUGAACCCGGAGCGCCGAGCCACCGUGGAGGACAUCGCCAAUCACUGGUGGGUGAACUGGGGCUGGAAAAACAGCGUAUGCGACUGCGACGCCCAGCGGGACCGGGGCGGCUCGCCCAUGCUGGCCCGUUUCAUCGACUGGCAGAACCGCACUGAGCCACGCGGUCCUUCCUCCAAGCCGACCGCCUUGCCCCAGCUACUGCGCCAGAGGCCCAAAAAAUAUAAGAAGGAAAAUGUAGAGGAAGUGGGGCAGAAGCACGGUGGCGGCGAAGACAAACCAGGACUGAAGAGGCCCAAGGGCAUCCUCAAGACCAGGGUGUCAGGGGAACAGCAGUCGGCCGGUGCGGAGGAGGGCCAGACGGCCGGGCCUGAGCAGGCAGAAGGCGGUGGCGAGGCCUCGAGUCCAGAUCGAGAAGAAGAAGAGACACCUUUUGGGGGAGGCUCACCGGCAAAGAUGGUGCCCACCCUACCCAAAAAAGGCAUCUUGAAGAACAACCAACAGCGGGAAUCAGGGUACUACUCCUCCCCCGAGCGUAGCGAGUCCUCCGAGCUCCUGGGUGGAGCCAGCAUGACUCUGCUUACCACCUCACCACCCAAGAGAGCCAUGGGAAGAAAGGGCAUUUUGAAACGCAACGGCAAGUACUCCACCUACAGCGGGCCCCCCUCGGCGGCGGCCUUGGCAGCCGCGGGAGCCCUCGGCGAGUCCCCUCCCGCCGCCGACUCGGGCCUAACUCGCAGUCAGAGUCGGCCGUCCAGCAUCGUCGGGGAGGACGGCUCCAACAAGGCCGCCGAGUGGCACCCCUCCACGCCGCACUUGCGGUCCAACAUUAGGGCGUGCGUGUCGGCCGAGAACCUGCUGCACCUGGCCAACUUCACGGGCUUCCAGCCGGCAUCUGCCGCGCUCCAGGGCCCCAAAUUUGGCCGCGGCCCCAGAAGUAAAGGCUCCCCGCAGGACAAUGGCAGCUUUUCGUUGCUUGGGGACCUGGAGGACAUGACUCAGGUGUACCAGCAAGCCCUGGACAUCAGCAGCAACCUCACCUAACACAUGGCACAGGAAGCACAACUCUAAGGGUGCGUGUGUUGUGCGUGUAUGUGUGUGUAUUUACGAGGCAUUAACGACCAGUGUGUUACUGGGAUAUGUAUUUGGUGAGGUUUUCCAAACAGCGGCGAAAUCUUGGUGGAAUUUUUCGGCAAACACACAGGCGGGCACACACUGAUUAGUGUACUAUGGAAGUGUACUGCUGCCACUUAUAUACAAAAGGCUCAGUGUCAUGUAAAAGAGCAUGUUAAAACCCAAGUGUCAUCUCUAUAAACGUUCUAGAAUAGAUAUUGAAAUGAAAAAUACAUAUAACAUUCGCUUCAAUGUCUAUAUGAAAAAAUAAAUAUGAGCGGAGAGCGUGUCAUCCAUGCUCAAAGUUGCGGAAGUGUCAUUCGACAUCCAAGUGGUCGCCAUAUUGGCUGAAUUUACUGCCCGUGACGUCACCCCGAACAUUCGCCAUUGAAAACACGCUGUGGCCCCCAUAUGGGAGACGAACAAACUCCUUCUGACACGGAAGCUAUUUUCGAACAAGAGAACAUUUCACAACUGAUUGAAGUGACCGGGGCAAUAAUACCCUACUGUUUUGAGCCAUAUUUAGAUGAUAUGCGGAUCACUUCUAACUAACAAACAGGAUCCCAAACAGUCUGUAUGAGCCAGCCCGGCCGAAGCCGUGCUCGUCUGCGAGGCACGGCUUUGGCGGCGGCUCGUCCACCCACCUACUAUGGGACAUGGAAGCUCUUUUCAAAGAAGAGAACAUCUCACAAUCGAGCGAAGUGACCUGGGCAAUAUUACCUUAUUGUUUCGAGCCAUAUUUAGAUGAUAUGCGGAUCACGAGCAAACCGCUUGCGGCCAAAACAACUCUCCGUCCGAUCCACCUCAGCACGACGUAGAUGAGCCACCCCGGCUAAAGCCGUGAUCAUGAUACAGCGCCGACAGGCACAUCAACACAUUUAGCACGUCUGACAAUAUCCAGCGACUCCAUCCUCCCGAGUGUUCGAGCACUGGCCAGCAAAACAACGAGCCGGCAUUUUGGCUAACACGAAGUAACAAAAAGCUACCUUCCCGCCGGUAAAACUAAUAGAAACAAAUGAGUCCGCUUGAGCGCGCUACUACCCUGUACGUCACUUCCUGCUUCCUGGAGAGGAUUUUCAUGGCGGGAGUUACAAAAAGCCAUAUACGUCAAAAUCAUUUGUGGUAAAAAAUGGAUGUUUUUCUUCAUUCAUAACAUACUAAAAAUCACUCGUUUCAUGACAGUGGCGUUUUAAGUUUGUGUGAGGUGUUUAUUACAACAACAAUUCAAGUUAUAGCUUGAAUUUAUCAUGGUAUUUAAAAGUAUGACGUGAGCCACCGCAAUCUAGACUAAUCCCAUUUUGUUUUGGAGCACUGAAGCGAUUUAUCAUUACCAAUUAAUUUUUUUAACUUGAAAAUAUAUCUUGAAAGAAACAUGAUUAAUUAAUGUUUCAAAGAUAUAUUUUUACAACAAAAACCAGGAGUGAAACUGAGCUUUUUUGUGUUUGUUUGUGAGGCAGCAAUACGCUCCCGUAGUGCACUCGAGUGCACUUCUCAGGCCAGUGGAAAAUCCAUCAGAGCUUUUUGUGAACAGAAUCGCGCACAAAACACCACCCAAGCGUGUUUCUCAGCCCCCCCCCAUGCCUUCCCCGCAUUGUCACCUCGCUGCGCUUCCACGUUUACACACUUGACAUGAAGCGCAAAAUUACACCCCCACUCCCCUCCCCCGUCACACACACACACACACACACACACACAAAUCUGGUCGUCCGUUUACAAAAGCACCUUAAAAUCUCACGCAGCACAAAGGCUUUUGUGAUCUUGACUUCCUUUUUUUUUUUUCCUUUUAUGUUUUUGGAAGACAGAAUGAAAAAAAAAACUAAACAGAAAGAAACAAACCAGGGUCUUAUUCCAAAAUGUUGCUGAUUUAUUUAUUGUUUGCAUCGCUUGUUUGUUGUUGUGCAAAACUUGACCGGCGUUUGCUGUUACUGGAGUCCGGACUAUGUGCAGAUCUGACGUAUAGAAUUGUUAUUAAAUGAUAAAACCGACACUAUAUAAAUGUCUGUGCAUUGCCAUUAUGGAUACAUUAUGGAUACAUCCCAAUAGUGAUGAAACUCAGAAUGGGAACGCAAAUGUCGUUCACAUCAUCGCGAUCGUAUCCUCCCCCGAUUGUGUAUGACACUUGGAUGUGGCUUUUUAUGCAAAACACCAAAAAAAUUACAUCAUUUUCAGCAAAAUGAAGCCAAAUUGUGCAUAUCUGUGAUGUUGGUGUGGAGCGACUCACCUGCGCUCUUUUGCCUCGGUUCGUUUUGGUUUGGUUUGUGUGGCUGCCCCCUAGAGGCCUGGAGAUGUACGCGCUAUCAGGAUGCAUUUCUGAUAAUUUGCCGUAUUGCAUUAUUUAAAGUCGUGAUUAACUGUGUGUUUCGUUUUUUUUCCAAAGACUUUGCAGUCCUCGGCAUGGUUGUGGUUCUACCUAAAGCGUCAUCGGUAUGGCUAAACCAGGAGUCCGUAACCAAUGACGACGAUAUCGUUUAAACUGGUCUGCCUUGCCGUUGCCAAACAAACAAAACCUCAGAGGAAUAAUAACCACCAUUUAGUUGAUUGUCACAUCGUUUUUAGCCCACUGAGAAUUAGAGUGGGCCAACUCCGUUCAGCGGGAUAGUGGGCCAGGUCCAAUCGAUUCCACAAACGAUGACAAUGCUCGUCUAGACCACAGGUGUCAAACUCAAGGCUCGGGGGCCAUAUCCGGCCCACCACUUGAAUUUAUGUGGCCCGCAAAGGCAAAUCAUGUGUGUCAACUUCCAUGAUUCUUGUUCAAAUCUGCACCAAAAUUUCACAUUGUCAUUAUCAUAAAUGAUAACGUUGAGAUAUUGCGACCCCAUAACGGCCCUUUGAGGGAAACUACAAUGUGGCCCGUGACAAAAAAAAGAGUUUGACACCCCUGGGCUAGACUAACUUGCAGAUGCAUAGGCAGUCAAUCUUGAUAAGAAAUGCAAUCAACCAUUGCCCCGUGUGCCAAAACUGGAACCAAACAUUGAUUUAAAACUAUUGAUCUGAAGUAUAUGACUACUCUUGUCAUAAUUUCUCCAAUUGACUUGACCAGUGAGCAAAACUGAGUUAGCCCACUUUACUACUCAGCGGCUCAACCCCGAGCUAAGCUAAGCUAUCGGGCGGUUUGUUUAAACUGUUGCUGACGAAGCCAAAUGCGAGACCUCGCCCCCCCCCCGCCCCCGACUGUGUACACUGGUCUGCUAUGUCGAGCGAGCACAAUUAGCCAGCUAUUGUUUGAGAGGAAGUCGAAACGAAGGGAAAAGAGGAAAGUCGAAGAGAGAGCCGAGAGGAAUGUUCGGGUAAUUUUUUUUUUUUUUUUUUUGCAGAAGGAUUUGUGAGGUCGUUGUAAUAGAUUAGCGAAAGUGAGCGAGAAAGUAGACGGAAUGUUCUCCAACCAAAGAUGUAAGCGAGCUUUGACAUAAUUCACGGGAGCGAGGGAGUAACGAGGACACCUCCGGGAAUCCCCAGCCGCCGCUGGCGUUUGAAAUCAUCCCGGGGGUGGGAGGGGGGUUGGCCUUACCUCACGUUUUGUUGUGUUCCCACCCUCACCUGGAGGCUGUUGGUACGGCUUUAAAAGCGCAAACGGGAGACAUUUGAUUGACACCAUCCCUAAAAAAAAAAAACGGUUUGGGAAUGAUGUGACUGGAAAAGCACGUGGUGACGGCGAGGAAAUCAAACCUGCGUUGAAUGAAUGUUGUUGGUGUGAAAGAAGGUUCCUGGGGUGCUGGUCCAAAAAAGACUCAGUGCGAAUUGUAUUGCAUUCUUUUGCCUUUUUUUUUUAAUCCUUAUCGUUAACUGGAUUUACAGUGAUCAGAUUAUACUAUGUUAGUAUUUUUUCUCGUAUUAUGUAUGCUUCUGUUUUUGAUUUUACAAAAUAUAAGAACUUUUUUUUCCCUCUUUCUUUUAUAGCACAGCUGGAAAUGCGUUUCUUUUAAAUUCCGAUAACGGUUUUCCACUUUGUUGGGUCGCUACCACCUUGAGUAAACCAAAAAUAAUAAUAUAUGUGUUUUGUUUUUUGUUUUUUUAAUUUACCUAAGUCCGUGUGUCCAAAAUGCUGGAAGAACAAAGACGAUGGCAACGUGUGAUUAUGAAACUGGAAUAGUAUCUGUUAGUGAGCAUAAAAGUGGAAUCAUAGGAAAACUUGACUGGAUAUUGUUAUGACAAUAAUAAGAAUAAAUUAGUAUUAUGUUAUUUAAGGAUUCUUUUUUUUCCCCUCUUGAGGCUCAUUACUCUUAUUGCCAUGAUUUUUAUUUUAUUUUAUUUUUGGGUUAUCCUGGACUGCCAAAAUGGAUUAAGAUGUGUGCCUUUGUUAUCUUUUAUGGAUUUUUUUUUUCAACGAUAAUGCAAAUGAUUAUCUAUGUGUUUUUAUUUUUUACUUGUAUUUAUUGGUGAUCAAGCCAUUUACAGUCAUGCUUUUUAGCCAUUUUUGGGAAACAAUGCACGUUUUUGCAUCAGCAUCAUCUCAUUGUCGGAACUGUGCAACUCCUGUCGGGGGGAAAAAAUGUUUUUAAUCUCUUCGGUCAUUGCUCAGCAUAUUAUCUGUGCUGAAACAAUAAAUCACAAAUCAAUAAAGAGAUCUGGAACGACAA